GAGAGAGAGAGAGAGAGAGAGAGAGAAGGCUGCUAUUACUAGUGACAGAAACGACAGCGAGCACAUACAGUCUGGAGAGCAGCUGAUGCGACAAGAUGCUGAGCGUCGCCUUGCUGUGUGUGUGCGCCGUCGCCUUCGGAAGCGUCUCCGCUCGCUCCGACAGCGGCAAUUUUUUGGAUGAUAAAUGGCUGGCGGAGAGAUGGGAUAAAUUCAGAGAUGAAGUGGAGGAGCCGAGAACAUGGACUCCAUCCAAGCCCUUCGAUCAAGGCCUUGAUCCAGCCAAAGACCCCUGUCUGAAGAUCAAAUGCAGUCGCCACAAGGUGUGUGUGGCUGAGGAUUAUAAAACUGCCACUUGUGUCAGCCAGAGGAGAGUUAGUUUCAAAGAUGCUAGUUUGUACCAGAGUCCAGGGUCGAAGUGUAAACCAUGUCCAGUGGUUCACCCCUCUCCUGUUUGUGGAACUGACGGACACACAUAUUCCACCAAGUGUAAGUUAGAAUACCAGGCAUGCAUCACAGGGAAGAAGAUCGCCAUGAAGUGUCCUGGCAUGUGUCCCUGCCCCACUCAGGCAGAACACAGCUCACCAGAAAAGAAAGUGUGCAGUGAGUCAGACCUGAAGGAGGUGGUGAAUCGACUGAGAGACUGGUUCAGAGUUCUGCAUGAGAAUGGCAACCACAAGAGAGUCAAAAUCCAAAAGCCGGAGAAGAACAAGUUUGAGGUCGGGGCGUCACCUAUUUGUAAGGACCCUCUGGGCUGGAUGUUUUCUCGUCUGGACACAAACUUUGACCUUCAGCUCGACCAAUCAGAGAUUAAGAGUCUUUACAUGGACAGGAAUGAACCGUGCUCUGACGCAUUCUUCAGAUCUUGCGAUUCACACAAUGACAAAGUCAUAACCAGCUCUGAGUGGUGCACAUGCUUCCAGAGGUACACAGAUUCCCCUUGUAAAGCAGAGCUGUCCAGUAUCAACAAAAAGCAAGCAGGGAAGAAACUACUCGGUCAGUAUCUGCCGUCCUGUGAUGAAGACGGUUACUACAGGACCCAUCAGUGUCACAGCAGCAGUGGCCAGUGCUGGUGUGUGGAUCGCUAUGGUAACGAGGUGGCUGGCUCACGCACCCAUGGCCCUGCAGACUGCGGUGUAAUCUUGGAGUCAUCUGGAGACCUCGGCAGUGGGGAUUCGCUUACCGACGAUGAUGAAGAUUCCUUUGCUCUCAGUGACGACGGGAUGGAUGAUGAAGACGAUGAAGACGAGGAUGAUGACGAUGACAACGACGAAUAUCUGUCAUAAUUUUAAAAAAGAAAACAAAAAAAAGAAAAAGAGAAAACUGUUUGUUUGGUCAAACUGCACGUUUCUUGGUGACUCCCCAGGCAGAUACUUAAUC